CGAAAUCCACACCCACCGCUUGCAAUUAAUUGUUGUUUUGCUCUGGAUAUUGAUUCUUGGGUGAGAACUUUGAUUCCUUUCUGUUAGGGUUCUUGAAUCUGGGCAAUUGGGGCUUACUGUGUUGUGGGUUCGGCUGAAUUUCACCAUUUGCCCAGAAUGAUAAGGCCGGAAAGAGGGGCAAGAAGGUCAUUCUUUGUUGGCACCACUGUCAAGAAGAAGCUCUCAGACAUCACCAACAUCAUGCCACAACCCAAGUCCGCCAUGGAUAUGAGGAAAGACGAUUCUUUGGAGGACUAUGCGGAUCAUCUUGUCAAGGAAAAUAUGGCGUUAGUGAAACUCUUUCAGGACAAAAACAAAAUAAUAGAAUUGAGCGGAACUGAGAUUCAGAAACUGAGAGUUACCCUUCAGAAAAUGCAAAUUCAGAACCGGAGUCUUGCUCAGUCAAACAGUCAAAUGACAGCGGAACUUGCCUUCAAUAAAGAAAAGUUGAUGUCACUUCAACAUGAGAUUGCUUGUAAGGAAGCGCUACACAAAGCAAAGCUAUUGGAAGCAAAGGAACAAGAAAAUACCAAUGGCGAAAAGCAUGAGAAUCAGGAUGGGGAGGCUGCGACAGCAAAUGCUCUUUCAGUAAGGAAUGUAGAGAACAGCAAACCUAGUAUAGGAAGGCCGCUUCGCCCCACAAGAAGUCGAUCUAUGAGCCAUUCCACUGCUUCCCAACAAGUUGGAAAAGAAGAAGCUGCAGGAAAACGGCGCCGCUUAAGGAGGCAGUCAACCAGUUGCACAACGAAGAAGCAGCAGGAGGAGCCAGUUGAGGACUUGUUUGAGUUAGAAGAAAACAUUGAAGCACAAUUUCUUCAUGAUAAGCGUCCUGCUUCCCAACAACCAAACAGGACUUCCAUUGGAAGGCCGCUGCGGAAAGCAGCUGAGAAGGUUCAGUCCUACAAAGAGACUCCCAUUAAUGUCAAAAUGAGAAGAACUGAUUGAGCUUCUCUCCUGUGUACUAUUGUAACUGGGUUGUUGUCCAUUACUAAUAGAUACCUUAGUUGUGCCUUCUCUUUUUUUUUUUUUUUGCUUAAUUUUUAGGGUUGCUCGCUUACUCUCUAGGAUUGACGACGUUGCACUAGCUUCCUUCGAUAAAUUGCAAGAAGCGAACUACGAAGAAGUAGAUUGGUCAGUGUGAAGCACGCAACGAAGUCUAUAUUUUCUAGUCUCAAUCACAUGCGUCUCAAGCCGAGUCCAUCUCGUUUUCCCGUCAACGACUUAGUCAUCCAUCACCUCAAGUUUUAUCUUUACCUCCUUUCAGUAAAAGUAGUACUCAAAU